CUGAAGUAGAGUUGACCGCCGCGGCAUCAUCAAGUGCCGAUCUGGAAGACGACCGGAGGGCGGAUGCGGAACACCAGGGGUUUUGCGAAAGAGUUGGUGAGUUUGAUUUUGAUACUAGUGCAGGCGUACAAGAUCAUGGAGAGGAGGUCUUGCGUGAGUGGUUGGAACUGCUGGAUGAAGAUGAUGGCGAGGAGGAGGAUAAAAAGCAAACAGGAAAAGCGGAGGCAGCGUCACAAAGAACGCUGUCAGAGCUACUACUUCCCAGUCUACUUCCUCUUCGCAAGGAGGAAGGC